AUGUCAUCAGAAUCAGUUGGAAUUCUAUCAUCACCUGAUCGAUCCAGUUCACCAUCGUUAACCGAUCAAAUUGUUAAUGAUUGUUGUACAGCAACUCAGAUACUUGCUGAUUAUACCGGUGUAUCAUCAUCAUCACAACAAAUCCGUUCACCUGGAAAACGACAACUGACUAUUGAAGAAUCACUUAUUACUACUAACGAUCCUAAACGUCUUUGUAACAGUAAUCUUCGAGAACAGCCUGAUUUAAAAUCAACUGCCAUUACUACUCCAUCAUUAUCUUCGACCAUCAUUGAUUCCAUAUCAUCUCCGCCAUCGUCACCACUUUCAGCUGAUGUAGUCAACUGGUUAUCGAUAUUUUUAGCCAUGUCAAAUGAUGACCGUAAUCGUGCAACUGAAGCUCUUAUACAUACUUGUUCAACAAAUACACUUCAGUUAAAUCAUAUUAAAAAUCAAAUAGAACCAUAUUUCCAACGUGAUUUUAUUCGUGAUCUUCCACGAGAAUUAGCAUUACAUAUACUUAAAUAUUUAUCAGCGAAUGAUGUAGCACGAGCAUCACGCACAUGUCGAUCUUGGUAUGAAACAUGUAAUGAUACAUUACUUUGGAAACGUAUAUGUGAAAAAAAACAAAUUCCAUUUAAAAAAUUAGCAACUAUAUUUGAUGACACAAUUGAUAAUCAAUGGAAACGUUCAUAUACUUGUCAUAAACAUUUAGAAUAUGUUUGGCAACAUGAAGAACCAUUACCUGAACCAUUAGUAUUACGUGGUCAUGAAGAUUUUGUUAUAACUUGUUUACAAUUUGAUGGAGACCGUAUUGUAUCAGGCUCAGAUGACAAUACAUUAAAAAUUUGGUCAGUCGCAACUGGCAAAUGUGAACAAACACUAGUAGGACAUAAUGGCGGUGUAUGGUGUAGUGAAAUGACAGAUGGUUUAAUAGUUAGUGGAAGUACAGAUCGAACAAUACGUGUUUGGAAUAUUAAUACAGGUGUUUGUCAACAUAUUUUAUAUGGACAUACAUCAACAGUACGUUGCCUAGCAUUACAUGGUGAUAUUGUUGUAUCUGGGUCACGUGAUGCAACUGUUCGAGUGUGGAAUAUUCGUACAGGUGAACGACUUCAUAUGUUAAGUGGACAUACAGCAGCUGUUCGAUGUGUUUGUUAUAAUGGCAAAUAUGUUGUAUCAGGUGCAUAUGAUCAUACUAUACGUGUUUGGCUACCUGAUCAAGAACGAUGUGUACAUACACUUGAAGGACAUACAAAUCGAGUUUAUUCACUUGUCUUUGAUGGUAAACAUAUUGUAUCCGGUUCAUUGGAUUGUAUGAUUCGUGUGUGGGAUGUUGAACAAGGUACUUGUAUACAUCAAUUAACUGGACAUUUAUCAUUAACAAGUGGAAUGCAAUUACGUGGAAAUAUUCUUGUAUCUGGUAAUGCUGAUUCGACUGUAAAAAUCUGGAAUAUUGAAUCAGGAAAAUGUCUGCAUACACUAGCUGGAAGAAAUAAACAUGCAUCAGCUGUAACAUGGGUGCAAGUAGUAUUAAAUUAUGUAGUUAGUUCAGGUGAUGAUGGAACUGUAAAAUUAUGGGAUUUAAACACAGGCGAUUUUAUACGAAAUCUUGUUAAACUUGAAUCAACUGGCAAUGGAGGUGUUGUAUGGCGUAUCAAAUGUACAGAUUCAGCUUUAGUAUGCGCCGCUGGUAGUCGUAACAGCACUGAAGAUACCAAAGUGAUUAUGCUUGAUUUCGAUCGCACAACGAUUUGUUCAUAAAAAAUGACUUUUACAUUAGAUGAAUUUAAUCAAUGUAUAAAUGAUCUUUAUGAUCAAUCAAAACAAAUUCAUGAUCGUUGGCAAUUAAUCAAAGCACCAAAAGGAUCCUAUUUAAUUUAUUCAUUUAUUGAUGAUACUUGUUUAAAAUAUGAUUUUCAUAUUGUAUUUAGUGAAAGUUAUUCUGUACCUGUACUAUAUUUUAAUAUCAGUCAUUUAGAUGGAUCAUUAUUAUCAUUAGAUGAUGUUUGGAAAUUAUUUGCACAUAAAAACAAUUCAAAUAUGUAUGAAACGAUAACACAACAAGAACAUCCAAUACUUCAUCGACCAUUUUUUAUUCUUCAUCCAUGUCAUACAGAAAAACUAUUGAAACAAGUAUCAGAUCAAUCAAUGAAAAAGAAAUUUCUUUUUUGGCUUUCAAUAUAUGGACAAUCAGUUGGUUUACCAUUGUCAGUUAAUUAUGCAAUUGAUUAA